CAACCAUAUUUUCCAAAGAUAGAAAUCCUCAAUGGCAACAGCUUCAUCUUACAUGGUGUUUCCUAUGGUGGGUUGGAAAAACAGCAAACAAAACACAAAACCCAAACCCAAAUUUCCCAUCUCAGCUCAGAUCAAUGAAGCUGCAGAGCAACUAAAUUUGGGAGACCAACAAAAAGAAGAACAGGGGAAGCCAAAACCGUCGCCGUUGCGGCCGGUCGAAGCACAGCAGAAUGUGAAGAGCAAAAACAUGGGGAGAGAGUAUGGAGGGCAAUGGCUUAGCAGUGUAACAAGACAUGUAAGAAUAUAUGCAGCUUAUAUUGAUCCUGUUACUUGUGAGUUUGAUCAAACUCAAAUGGAUAAACUUACUCUUAUUUUGGAUCCAAGUAAUGAAUUCCUUUGGAAUCCUCAAACUUGCAACAAAGUCUAUGCUUACUUCCAAGAGCUUGUGGAUCAUUAUGAGGGAGCUCCAUUGACAGAAUAUACACUUCGACUAAUAGGUUCAGACAUAGAACACUAUAUAAGAAAGAUGCUUUAUGAUGGAGAAAUCAAGUACAAUAUGAAUGCAAGAGUCCUCAACUUCAGCAUGGGAAAGCCAAGAAUUAUGUUCAAUGCCAAUGAUCUGCCUCAGGAUCUACAAUCACAAUAAUUACUCUUUACAAAUGUAAUCAUAUGUGAAAUAUUCAAAUCAAUGUGUUGGUCUUCCAAAUAAUGGAAACCAUAAUUCUUCACCUUAUACUUAUCAUUCCCUUCCCUGUCUCA